AUGCUGGGCACUCCAAAGGAGGAGGAUAUCCUGUCUGAUGGUGAACCAGCUCACCUUGCCUUCACACCCUUCCCUCCCCAACUCAUGCCUCUGUAUUGUCCAAAGUCUGCAGCCGCGGGUCAGAGCCAACUUGUCCUCCUCUCCGAUGUACCGCUGACUGUAGUUCUCAGCGUCUGCUCGACCUCCUGCCUAGCCGAGAACGUCAGCGCCCAGCAGGCCACAGACUUCGGCGAGGAACUGGCCCGUCAAUACCACUGGUUCCGUCAGGAGCAACUGGCCGCU